CGCGCUUUACCUCAGCACGACUUGGCUCUAAUUAUUUCAUUUGGGUUUCAUUUGGAAUAUUUACUUAUAUUUGCUCGACUACUUUACCGUUGCGAAGGAACAUCCACGCCUCAACCCCUUUAAUUCACCAUGGAGCUAUGCGGUCGUCAAAAGGUUGUCCAACGCAAGAUGGUGCUGCUAGGUGAUGGUGCCUGUGGCAAGACUUCUGCGCUGAACGUCUUUACAAGAGGAUUCUUCCCGACUGUCUACGAACCAACAGUCUUUGAGAACUACGUUCACGAUAUCUUCGUUGACAACGUACAUAUGGAGCUCUCGCUAUGGGACACAGCUGGACAGGAGGAAUUCGACCGGUUGCGCGCACUGUCCUAUGAGGAUACCCACGUGCUGAUGCUUUGUUUCAGUAUCGACAGCAGCGACUCGUUCGAGAACGUCGGGUCGAAGUGGAUCGCUGAAAUUAACGAGAACUGCCCCGGUGUGAAGGUUGUGCUCACGGCACUGAAGUGCGAUUUGAGGAAGGAUGAUGAAAUGAACGACAACCCUAGCGCCAUCACUUUCGAUCAGGGAUUGGCAAAGGCGAAGGAAAUCGGUGCGGUCAAAUACUUGGAGUGUUCUGCGGUGCAAAAUCGCGGGAUUCGUGAGAGCUUCUAUGAAGCUGCCAAGGUUGCCCUGGACGUCAAGCCUGUUGGAGGCGGUGGCUCUGGCCCUAAAUGUGUCAUCCUAUAAAUAUCUGGUGAAUUGGCACACCACAACUCUACUGCGUCCUUUCGUUUUCAUUUUUGACUGCCCUUUUUCCAUCCCACGAGUUCGUUGAUUCCCCUUUGCAUGUAGGCCUUGAUUGAUGUCGGCCUGUGACACGACUAUUUCUCUUCUUUUCACUUUCCCCUUUUGUCACUCCCCUGGACACAGCGGAUCUCAACUCCCGCGUCUGGGGUGAUACCUUUUGCAUGGUUCCGCCUCUGGUCGUCGAAGCAUUUCAGCGAGGUUGGCUUUCUUACCUUUACCACCGCUUUUACACAUCUAUAUAAUUUUUUACUGGAUCUAAUCGCGUUUCGCCUUUGAAGAACCUC